UCCAUACGUAAACAGCAUAUGAGCAUAACAUGAAUAUGUUGUCCGUCCCCUUUGUACAAGAUUGCGAAAAAUCCCGGAGAACUCAUUCCAAGUCAUGACAAGUGCGUGAGGAUUUGGUGAUAUUAAUCAAAGGUGGUCGCCUCCGUUACAUCCUCGGGCCGUUUAUUGGACAGACAUCAGCAGCCAUGUCUGCAACUGCAACGGCCGCCGCGGUUUUCGCAUCGAGUCCUGCCACUCGCAGUCCCGGUCACUUGCCAACAAGAAAACCCAGAAACCCGAUCUUCCACGGGAACCGCUUCGCUUCUUCCUCGAGUUCGAGAUCGUCGUCUCUUUUGGGUCGCGCAUUCUUCAUCACGAACCGAUCGAUUCAUGGGUCCACCACCAGGCGAAGCUCGCUCUCCACCACAGGCAUUAGACCUUUCUCUCCUGUCAUGGAAUGGCAGGACUGCACGGUUAAGAUGGAGAUGGACGUACCUAUUUCAGUGGCAUAUGAAUGUUACUCCGAUCGUGAAUCAAUUCCUCGUUGGAUGCCUUUUAUUUCUUCUGUAAAGAUCUUGGAGGAUAAGCCCGAUUUAUCAAGGUGGUCUCUAAAGUAUAAAGCCUUUGGUCAGGACAUUGAAUACUCUUGGCUUGCUCGAAAUAUGCAGCCAACCCCAAACCAGAAAAUCCACUGGAGAUCCCUAGAAGGUCUUCCGAACAGAGGAGCUGUUCGGUUUUAUCCAAAAGGUCCAUCUUCCUGCAUAGUAGAACUGACAGUUUCUUAUGAGGUGCCUCAACUUUUGGUUCCUGUAGCAUCUGCACUGCAACCAUUUCUGGAGAGUUUACUGCGACGUGGUUUGGAACGCUUUGCAGUGUUUGCUAAGAGCAACUAAGAAGACCGAAAAUACCUAAUUAUCUAACAAAGAUUUGCGGGAUGUAACAUUCCGGAUGCUGGAUCAUUUCCAUAUAGGAGCAUCCGAACCAUUCUUAAUGGAAAUCAUCUGUAUCUGUGCCGGCAUAAACUCCAUUCUUUCACCCAA